UGACAAGGCCAAAUCACAUCAUGUCGCCUGGUUAGUUUGCCGACGAAGAUUGCCCAUAUAUAAGGGCCCCUCCAGUCCGGCAAGUGUGCAGAAGAAAACACGACUGGGCUCUAGACGGAACAGGAGGAAAAACUGCAAGAACAAGAGAAGACCAGGGGAGAGGCGACGUUACAAAACCAUCUUAACCGUUCACGAAACGUGAUCGGGCAAGAAUCGAGUUUGCAACUGGGGUAUCACGCAGGGCUGGGAUUCAGCCAGCACUAGUGCCGUCUUCUCUGAGGCUGAAAUUUAGGCAGUUUCUGGUAGAGGCUUGUAAAUAAAUUUCUUUCUUCUUCUGUCAACGAUGGUGAACGCAUCUCAGCGGCUAGCCGUGGCUAUCAUGUGCCUCUCGGUAAUGUGCCUUGCACAACCUCGAACAAACUUCAACAGAAUCUUUGGACCGGCAUAUGGUAAAAGAUCACAGACUGACAUAAGGCCUCAACACUACCUUAACCUGAUGGAUGGCGCCGCAGAUUCAGAAGAGCUUGAAACAGAGCCCGUGCAAAAUCCACUAGCUUGGUAUCUUGCUCGUCUUUCACCAGGGAAAAGGCAUAUGCUUUCAAAGUUAUUGGAAGUGGCAAGGAUGAACAACGAACUAAAUGACGAGUGAGAGCUUAACCUUGAGACCAACAGCCAGCCUGCCGUCAAGACAACUCAACUUCAUGUCAGAACCAAAUAAUGAAAAAUCUGUCUCUUUCUAACCAAAAAUAAACCUACUGAGGAUAAUGACCUAUGCAUUGCGCAGCGACAAGAAAUGACGUUCAAGUUAAGAGUGCAGAGUUCAAUAUGCGAUAUUCAGUGACAGCGGUACCGAUCAAAAUGUUAUGGUCAGCUUCAAAACUUGCCAGAGGAUGGAAUCUAUACCGCUAGUCAAGCAGUGUGUUGAAUUUUGCAUUCUUGAUCACAGUGAUUCAGACGCAUUGGACUCAAUGCAAAUGACUGACGUCGUCAACUCUUCUUUUGCUUUCACUUUGCACGCAUUAUUAUAUUGGGUUUUGUCCUUUGUCUUUUCUUUCCGUGAGGUAUACAGCCUAGCACAUGUACAUCAGCUUCUUCUUCGUUUUUUUCAAGUAUAGAAUGAUAGUCCUAUGAUGACAGUGACUAAAUGGAGCUUAGAUAAAUAUUACACGACUAAAAUAUUGAAAUCUCUCGACGGAUCACUUUUCAUUUUUAAUUUUACAAUAGGUUGCGUGUACUUUGAGACAAAAUGCAUUAUGUUCGAUUUCAAUUUCUUGUUUUCGAAAGUUUUCAAACGUAACUAAAGAGACAUACUUGUAUGACUUAUUUGAAAUAAAGCUGUCUAAUUAUUGUUAAAUAUCCUGUGCUAAUUUAGAGCUUCUCUGUUUCCCAAAAUAUGUUGCAAACAAAAGGAAAAUAGUAAUAAUAAUAUUUUAGAAGAAUUUGUUAUUUAGCUUGGGCCAGUCCUUCUUUUACUAAACAAUGCAACAAAGUGUUUGUCAAAGUUGAUAUUAGAAAAUGAAUGUAUGAUAAACUGUGAGAUUCAGUUAAGCACCUCAACGAACAUACCAAUGUUUGAAUUUGUAAUUAACUUGUCACUCUUAAAUUUGCAAGAUGUUCCGAAUUAUUUGGAAGUCAAAAUGAUUCAAAGGGAAACAGACGUUAGUGAUUCUACAUGUACUUAUAGACUACACAAAUGACAAAAAAGUCCAUGCAUCGUACUAAUGAAAGAAAAAACUACAUUUGAACGGUUUCGUUAUGUUCCAUGUUAGUUAAAAACUAUAACAAAAAUUGAAUAUAGAGUAGUUGUACAUAUUCAAUUUUAAUUGAACUUUAUUUUGUACGUUGUUGGAUAUCGCUUGAGUGAACUAAUGAUCGACCAAUAAAACCGGUACGAACAAGGGGGUUAUAAUGUAUACGGUUCAACUACAACAGUUGCCACAUGACUGUGAGCACACGCUUUCAAUGAACAAUUCUCUGAUAAGAAGUCUAUAUAGAAAUCACUUUAUCUCAUUGUCUAUCGGUUGACUCUCAAGAAAACCCCUUUUUGGAACCUAAAUAAGUUUUGAUAGAUUGACAUCUUCCGAGGAAGCCAUGAAAUCAGUUAAGAACUUUCACAGUCUGUCCAUUAUUAUCAGGUUAAGAAGCACUGUCUUAUUCAAGCCAACUAAGGCCAUGUAGGCGUUUUGUAGUCUGUUUGAUGCAAACAUGAUGUUGGAAAAUUACAUGACCUUGCAAGCCUCACUUCAAUUCUAUAGAAAACGAUUUGUGUCAUUAUUUUAGGGAAAUUGAAAAUUGUAUUUUCCAUCUGAUGUUCCACGUGUGAUUCUUACUCGUUAAAUUUACAAGUACAUUGAGUGUACGUGUUUGGGAAUAGCUGGUUAGUGUUGCUCUUUAAAUCAUUCAGCUCCUCUCUGUGAUAUUCCCCCCACUAUCAGAGAUACAUUACGUGUACUCGAUCAUAACAAAAUAAUAUGUAAUGUUACAGCAAUAUUCCUUACUAGCGAACAUUUAAAAAGACUCCUAUCGGAUUCUGUAUGCCUGAGAAAAUUUUUGUUUCUAUCAUUGUAAAACUCAAUAUGCAAAAGUUGGAAAAGCGUAUUGUAAAAAAAGGGGUCAGAUGUGAAAAGUAAGGUUUAGUGUAGUCAAUGUUAGUUUCAUUUUAACAUAUUUUCCGAGAAUAAAUUUUGGUUUAGCUGCAUUA